UUAAAUAUCAAUGAUCUUCUCAACGAUUUUUACUCCUUCUUAAUUUUUGUUUUCCGUUUUGAUGAACCAUCGUUGCUUCACAAUUUAAUCGCCUACAUUAUUAACCAGAGUCUUUAAUUUCUCACUAAUCAAGGUUGUUAAUCAUUAUGAAUAUCGUAUUUUUUAUUUGUUUACUUACGAUUCUGAACAAUUCGCCCACAAUUAAAUGAGAAUAGUAAAUAUCGUUUUCCACUUACAGUCUUACAUUUAUCAUCAAUUCUUGUUCAUGUUAACAUUAACAAUCAACAAUUAAGAAUAAUAUUUGCUCGAACAACAGUUUUAAGCGGAAAAAAUGGAAAAGAUUAAUUUCGCUUUCUUCUUAAUGGUUGGAUUAGUGGUUUGUGAUGAUUAUGUUCAUAAUCCGAUUCAAUAUCAAUCACUGAACAAUCGAGGUGGUUACAACUUCGGUUAUGACACUGGACUUUCAGGAUCACAUCAAUUUCAUCAAGAAUCUAAAGAUGAUUUCGGUGUAGUUAGAGGUCGAUAUGGUUACACUGAUCCAAAUGGUAAAUUGCGAUUAGUUUAUUAUUCAUCGGAUGCAGUUAAUGGUUACAAAGCAUGGGGACCAGAUAUACCUGAGAGUACCAACAAUCAGCCUAAAUCAUUGAAGGUUCAAGAAAGUAAAACCUCAUCUAGGAUUAUCUAUCCACAAUCUCCAGCAUCCAAAGUGUCAGCAAUUAAAUCGUCCAAAGUGAUUAUCCAACCUUAUCCACUUCCACCGCCAUCGAAAAUAGUUCAACGGGAACAAGUGAUACACAAAACCCAUUACUCUCCAGCCGAUACCUUCCGUUCAAGAUACACAUCGUCGUCGUCGUCGUCGUCGUCGUCAAGUGUCGUCUCCAAAACAUCAUCAAUUAAACGGUCGGAAAUCAAGGGAUCUCCAAUUAUUGUCCAACAACAAUUCCAAUCACCAGUAGCAGCAAUCAAGUCACAAUCUAUUAAAAGUGCCAAUCGUCCAGUACCAAUUACACCAGCUCAGUAUCGGUCUAAUUAUCCACCGUCGGGAAAAUAUUCUCGAUGUUAUUGUGAAUAAUUUAAACUCCAUCCAGAAGUACAAUCCAAUUAAAUUGUGAUCAUAUACAAUUUAAAUAAGUGAUAAUCUCAUAUUCAUCUCUUUAAAUCCAGUUGCAUGUUUAAUCUUGUCAUUUUUUACUUCCAACAAUUAAAAGUUCACAAUAAACUCCAGACAAAUUAAUCAGCUACACUUGAUAAACUAAUUGCUCUUGAAAAAUCUAAAUUAAUUUUGUAUCGAUUUUAAUAGAAAUUAAAAUGAUUAGUAAUGAAAAAUUGAACAAUUAAAAAAAAGCUUUUGUUUGCUUACAAAAUAUCAAUAUGAUCAAUUGAUCAGUUAAAUUGUUACGAAAAUAAAAAGUUUCAAUAAAAGUGAAAUAAUUAUAAUAAUCAAGAAUCAGAAUCGAUUUGUCAAUUUGAUUGUAGUAACUUGUUGAUUUAAUUCAUUCAACUAUUGAGAAUGAUGUAAAUCAAUCACAGUUAAUCGUCAUCUUAAUUGUUAAU